AUGCCUUCACCUCUGCACAUGUCACUAUUCGCCGACUUCAAAGAACAAUAUGGCCGCUCAAGUCCUGCUGUAGUUCCAAACGAGCCAGAGCCAAUAUCGUAUUACGCUGAAGUGCUUCUGUCGCUCUCACGAGGGGUCGUUCACCCUGCACCAAACGUCACGCGGACUCCCCUGCGCGAGCAUAUCGACCCUACCUUGCUUUCGAACACGAGUAUCACAUCCUACAUGGUUCCCAAUCUGCAUGGCACAAAGAGCAAUCGAUCUGAAGCUCAACAACAGCAGAAACCCUUGAGAAGACUACCUUCCCACGUGGUGAGGACCUCGAAACCUAAAAUCUCUUUGAACGAACUCGCGAGUAAGAUGGAGAGGUCAUCUCGUGCGAUCGCCCUUCACGCUGCUGUGAUUUCGGAUGCGCUACAUGAAGUAACCCCGAACAUUGUACACAAGAGACAACGUUCGAUGACAGCACCUGAUACAACAGAUCAGAAGAGCUCAAGAACGAACUCAAAAGGCAAAUCAACCCGUCCCACUCGAUCUCGGAAGCCAAAGGCAAAAUCUAAUGAUAAAGUCACAAAGGCUUCUUCGCUUAUUCCCGAUCCUCCCUGCCCACCGAUGAAGCGAAAAUUAAGACUUUGUCUGGCUAACCAGAUCAAGUAUUGUGGUUUCAUACCGGACAAUCAGCAGGACUCGAAAGAGAACCUCGUCUAUGGGCGUUUGUUUGGGGCAAGUGAGGAAAGGCAAAUUGAUUUGUUUCAGUGUGGUCGGCCAAAGAUGCAAAUUGCUACAUCGGUUUCCGAUGAUCAAAACACGCGACUCCAGAACUCCAAAACCAAUGCCUAA